CAGCCACACUCCGUUCUCCGACCUCACGCUUCCGCUCUCCACAACAGUCCCCUCCACCAGCUCUCCUGAUCUUCGGUAUUCGUUCGCUUCACAUACGCAAUGGCGUCGCCUACACCGGUGGAAGACCAGGCUCGCCUGUUGGAAGAUGCUCUCGGUGUGGUGCGCCAGCAGACCAUGCUCAUGCGCCGUUGUCUCGAAACUCCAGGCAAGCUCAUGGAUGCUCUUAAGUGCAGCUCUACCCUGGUGUCCGAGCUGCGGACAAGCAGCUUAGGACCGAAACAGUAUUACGAACUAUACAUGUCCGUAUUCGAUGCUCUCCGUCACCUCGCCGUCUACCUUCGCGAUAACCACCCGGUCAAUCACCUCGCCGAUCUAUACGAGCUGGUACAAUAUGCUGGAAAUAUCAUUCCGCGCCUUUACCUAAUGAUAACCGUCGGCACGGUAUACAUGUCCAUUGAGGAUGCGCCGGUCAAGGAAAUCAUGAAGGACAUGAUGGAGAUGAGCCGCGGCGUACAACAUCCAAUCCGCGGACUCUUCCUCCGGUAUUACCUCGCCGGACAGGCCCGGGACCACUUGCCCACCGGUGACGGUGACGGCCCGGAGGGCAACCUCCAGGAUUCAAUCAGCUUCAUCCUGACCAACUUCGUCGAGAUGAACAAGCUCUGGGUGCGGCUGCAACAUCAGGGGCACUCGAGGGAACGGGAGCAGAGGAUGAAAGAGCGUCAAGAACUUCAGCUCCUUGUGGGCAGCAAUCUAGUGCGCUUGAGCCAGCUUGUGGAUUUGGAGAAUUACAAGAAGAUUCUGAACCCCUUGCUUGAGCAAAUCGUCCAAUGCCGAGACGUUCUGGCGCAAGAGUACCUUCUUGAAGUUGUUACUCAGGUCUUUCCCGAUGAGUUUCACUUGCACACCCUGGAUCAAUUCCUUUCUGCGACUGCUCGCCUGAAUCCGCAUGUCAACGUGAAGGCCAUUGUUGUUGGUCUGAUGGAUCGCUUAUCCGCUUAUGCGCAGAGAGAAUCAGAGGAAGAAAGUCCGGAACAGCGUCAGAAAAUGGAAGAAGAAUCCAUUUCCAGACUAUUAGAGCAGCUGAAGAUCGAUAAGGCGAAGAAAAGCACCGAGGCAGCAACGCGGGAGAAUGGGGAGAGGGAGACGUCAGAAGACGCUCAACCCGGCGCAGAAGUGAAUGGGUCGGAGAUAGCCACCACGGCUCCGGCUUCAGGCGAGCCUGAGGACACGAGCCAGACAGCGGUCGAUACUGACGUGGAGAAACGGCGAGGUAUUCCCAGCAACAUCAAGUUGUUUGAGAUAUUCCACGAACAAGUUGCCACUCUUGUCAAGAUGCAGCGAUUGACCAUCCAAGACACUAUAGCAUUACUGGUGUCUCUCUCUAAUCUUGCACUUACGAUUUACCCCGAGCGCUUAGAUUACGUCGACCAGGUUCUAGGAUUUGCAAAUCAAAAAGUCUCGGAGUUUGCCAAUAGCGCAGAUCUGCAUUCGCAGGCAACACAAAGCCAGAUUCUCAGUCUUCUCCUCGCACCCAUCAAAACCUAUCUUUCUCUUUUCACCGCACUAGCGCUGCCAAAUUUCAUUCCGCUGUUACACUCACAACCAUACCCCACUCGAAGAGCCGUCGCUGGCGAAAUAGCACGGAGCCUGAUAAGGAACCAGACCCCCAUUACCUCAGUGGAGAACCUUGAGAGCGUUCUAGAAAUUCUCAAAGUCCUCAUCAGAGAGGGUAUCCAGCAAGCUACGGGUUAUCCUGGCGGACCAAUACAGAGAAAGGCCAUGGAAACUGAAGAGACGAUAGAGGAACAGGGCUGGUUGGCGCGGAUAGUACAUCUCCUUAAAGGACCCGAUAAUGACACUCAGUUCAAGCUUCUCCAAACCGCUCGCAAGGCGUUCCAAGACGGUAACGAGCGCGUGAGAUACACAACACCGGCGCUCAUUACUGCUUCGCAGAAGCUUGCGCGCCGCUAUAAGGCCCGUGAGCAUUUCGAAGACAAUUGGUCCUCUCAAUCAUCGGCACUGUACAAAUUCAUGCAUAGCGCCAUCUCAACGCUAUACACUCGCGUCACUGGAUCCGCAGACCUUUGUCUCAGGCUCUUUGUCGGCUGCGGCCAGAUCGCAGACCAGAACGGUUUCGAGGAAGUUGCAUACGAGUAUUUCGCCCAGGCAUUUACGAUAUACGAGGAAAGCAUCAGCGAUUCAAGAGCACAGUUCCAGGCGGUCUGUGUGAUUGCCGGCGCACUUCAUACAACGCGCAACUUUGGAAAGGAGAAUUACGACACUUUGAUUACGAAGUGCGCGUUACAUGGCAGCAAGCUGCUCAAGAAGCCCGAUCAGUGUCGCGCAGUGUACUUGGCGAGCCACUUGUGGUGGGCAACAGAGAUACGGGCGCUUGAGGAGGAUGAUUCGAAAGAUCUGUAUCGCGACGGCAAGAGAGUGCUGGAGUGUCUGCAGCGGGCCCUCAGGGUCGCUGAUGCCUGCAUGGACGCGGCCGUGUCGGUCGAAUUGUUUGUGGAGAUACUGAAUCGCUACGUCUAUUAUUUCGACCAAGAAAACGAGGCGGUCACCACCAAAUAUCUCAACGGCUUGAUCGAACUCAUCCACUCGAAUCUCCAGUCCAACGAAAACGCUGCAUCGUUGGAGAACCCGAGGAAACAUUUCCAACGCACGCUCGACUACAUUGCCAGCAGAGAGUACGAGGGGGUAGUGACGACACCGAAGUAGGAGUUACUUGCUGUCCUGGAUGGCGCAUCAGUGAGGAUAGUGGGAAUCAUCCUUUAUCGAAGCAUGAUGGUGUAAAUCCGGUUUGUACACUAGCUUUUCGCAUCGCGAAAGCCAUUCGAUUUCUGGUUUAGCGCAUGCGUUGUUUUGUUGAUGGAGCGGAGAAGCUCGGAGUAGCUGUGUGUAUGGUUUACCCUAACCUACCAACAGUGCAGACCGGAGCCAUUGCUCUAUGUCUUUAGUGCCCAUCACAUUUCGAAACUUGGGGAUAUCAAGAUUGCAGUGGAGGUAAGAAGGUCCGAAGGAAGAUGACCUCGACGAGCUCAAUGUGAAUCCGAGAUGGAUUUACUAUGUACUCCGUAGUCUAGACCCUGUACCGAUCGUUAUAGUGCCUUGGCGGGAACCCCGGUCUUGGCCAGGUGCAGCUGGUGCACGGUCACUC